GGAGCGAUCUGCUCAGACUCAACAACCCGGGCAUCAUGAGGGAGUUCUACUUCUUUGUCGAGGCUGAUGCAGGAAACUGGAGCGAAAUUAUCUUCGUUGAUGGCCAGUUGAACGGAGGUGGAGAAUUCGUCUUUAGUGACAAUUCUGAUGUGCCGAUGGGUUCUCCGUACUGGCAGGUCGGACACCCUACCGGGGAGGCCGACCACCUGCACUACUCUACUUUUACCUACUUAGUGAACGACGUGCCAUGUGUGUUUCCUCCUCCUCCUCCUCCUCCAACUACUACCUUAGCUCCGGUAGUGCCAGGGCCCCACGACCACAGGCCUACGGGACCCUUCCACGUGGCUUGCGAGGUGCCACCUGUCUGAGUGCCGUCCAGGGAAGUGUAAGGGCUGAGAGGGCGACCCAACCCCUGGCAGUCUCCCGAAAGAACUAAAAGAUUUAAUGAUUUCACUUUAAUCAAUUUGGUUUUAAAUGAUGCAUUACGCGUUCUUUGGCUGUUCUACUUCAAACCUCUUGUUAGUGUAUCAAAAUUCAAUAAAUUUACUUGUUUGAC